AAGGAUUCCCGGGCAUCAUCUUGGUCACUGACUGGAUUGUGCUCCUUCAUGCAACAUCUCUCGCGGAGGACUCCUGUCGUUUUCGCAGAAAAGCGAUUCGCUACGUCCACCUGUUCUCUUAACAGCGCAGAAGUUUUUGUAUUUUAUAAAUGUAACACCGCACUUUAUCCAAGAUGAAGGUCGAACCUCAAGUGAAAUGUGUACUCAUCAUCUUUGCAGCUUUUGCUCUCAUCGAAUGUUCAGAAGCAGUUUUCGGCAACUAUGGUUUCGGCAGUUUCUACCCCCAGCCUCGUGGCCCUCCUGUCGCUCCUGGCCCUAUGUACCCCUACUACAAUCCCCAGGCAGGCUUCCCUCCAGGGCCCUGGAGAGGCAACAAGGACGCUGAGUGGCUUCCGCCACACCAUUCAACUGCACAUCGCAACCCCUAUUACAAUCACCCGCACGACGAGGACGACAGUAGUUUCUACGAUGACGACGACGAAGAAGAUGACAAGAGUCAAUUUGACAACAAAUCUUGUCCCGGGGGUUGGAGCGGAGGCACCAGGUGGCCGUGCAUACCCACCAAAAACUGCACCACACUCAAGCCUAGGGGCAUUAGGACGCACUGUGGAUGGAGCGCUGGCUCGCCCUUGGUGUGUUGUCCCGUCGUGAACGCGGCUAUCCAAGCGGACGUAAGAGUGCCGCCUAGAAAUAAUAUCAGGCCUCCGGUGCAAGUCAAACCUCAAGUUCAAAAAUGCGGCCAGCUAGUGUCUGAUUCGCGAGGCGCAAUCGUCUUCCGCGAUGACGCCCCUGCUUCCAUCGUUGGCGGCGUUCCCCUCCGAACUGCCCAAAGUUCACCUUGGAUGGCUGCAAUUGGUGAGCGCGUUAAAAAUGAGAUUGAAUGGUUCUGCGGCGGCUCUUUAAUAUCCGCACAGUGGGUUAUUACGGCGGCACACUGCACCACAAGAAAGACUGAAAUUGUGAGAUUAGGAGAGCUUGACUUCUCUCGCACCGACGAGCCAGCUGCGCCAAAAGACUUUAUUGUCGUUAAAGUGGAGAAACACCCUGAUUACAGCCCUCCUAAUUAUUACCAUGACGUCGCUCUUCUCAAGCUGAGGGAGCCAGUGACCUUCAAUCAGUAUAUUCAGCCAGUCUGUCUGCCGCCUCCUAUAAUGAAAAAUUUGGAAGGCGCCAUCGCUACAGUGUCAGGUUGGGGAGACACAGCAUGGGGUGAAGAUCGGAGCAACGUUCUCUUGGAGGUUGGCGUGCCGAUAAUCCCAAAUAGCCAAUGCACAAAGUAUUUUGCCUCGCGGACUAUUGCCAAAUUGAAUUAUCCACAGGGCAUUACAAAUAAUCUAUUGUGCGCCGGUGACACCGAGGAAGGCGGCAAAGACGCCUGCAAGGGAGACUCUGGCGGGCCGCUAGUAAUGCGAGAGGGCAACGUGCACAAUUUGAUCGGCAUUGUCUCAACAGGGGUCGGGUGCGGCUCGAAGAAUUUUCCAGGCGUGUAUGUCAGGAUUUCAAAUUACACUGAAUGGAUAAAAAAUGUAAUUAGAUGAUUCAUGUGAAAGGAAUUUUUUAAUUAAAUUAGUAAAUUAAAAUUUGAAAAGAUGAAACUUAAGUUUUGUUCACCGUGACCUUGUCUUUUUUAGGUUACACUAGCAGGAGGCUCAUUAAUAAAUUAUGUUAAAAGUUGUAAAC